AGAAGAAGAAGAAGCAGGAGAAGCAGCAGCAGAAGAAGAAGAAGCAGCAGGCUCGUGUAGAAGAUGGCGGCUCUCCGCACCGCGCAUCCCGCUGUCCUCCGCGGGGCCCUCCGGCUUUACAUCCGGGCACCGGGACCUCCUGCCUCGGCUGUCGGCCUCAGGCGUGUUAGUGACGCUGCUCCACAAGACCAAACCGGGGUCCCUUCGGAAUCCACGGAGGAAUACAAGUUCGUGGAGCGGCUCGUCCCGCCGUCCCGGGUCCCCGCUCCGCCGCCGCGCGCCGGUCCUUCCCCGUCCGGCUGGACGCCUCCGGCAGACGCGCCGCCGCCGCUGGCCUACACGGUCCGCCGCUCCCGCAUGCACAACAUCCCGGUGUACACCGACACGACGCACGGCAGCCGCAGGACAACGCUCGUGCGGAAAGUGGAGGGGGACAUCUGGGCUCUGGAGAGGGACGUGAAGCAGCACCUGAAGGAGGUGAUGGGGACGGAGCCGCCCACGCAGGUCAACGAGGUCACCAUGACCUUGAAGGUCAAAGGUCAUGUCGACAGUGAGUUGAAGGAGUGGCUGGCCAGCAAGGGCUUCUGACCGCGUGCUGAGCUCAGGGGGCAGAUGGCUGUCAGGGGAAGAGGACCUCUGGGACCUGCUGAGAAGACAGCACUCAUUUGAAAGCACAUGGAAGAACAGCUUUAGUUAUGGGCCCACGGCUUGGUAACAUACCUGUAUGUAGUGAAUGUAACAUCACACAUAAAACUAUUGCCAACUUCCCAUUGCUGUGUGUGAUGUUGUUACUUGUCUUUGUGAAUCCAGACACAAGUGGGUUAGAUGUCGUGUGUAAGAGACGCUUUGUUCCAGCUUUUCAGCGUGGAGUCCUUGAGCUUUAGUGUCCACCUGAGAUGGUGAGUGAGGACUAUUGUGUGUGUGAAGAGUGGAGCACUACGCUAACUGAUGUAAUGGUAAAACGUGUCAUAACAUGGCCUCAUGCUAAAAAAGUGAUAGCCGUCUGUACUGAAGUUCAUCGAGGGAAAAGAAUAAUGGCUCAGAGUUGGUUUGCCGCUCUGUUAGAAGAAAGGUGAGCACCUCACAAAGCAGGUGAGCCAGUUUGGGUAAAGUUGAGGAUGUGGUCCUUAGCAGUUCCUUUUCCUGAGCCUUUGUGUGCAAGUUGCAUAACCUAGUUUCAUAUGUACCAGUGGAUCGCUGGGUUUGACUGUGUGUGUGAAUAAAAGCUCAGUACCUUGACUGCUCGGAGACAUCAUGCAAUGAGUCUGCUCAAACUAUCUUCACUAUACUGCAUCAAACAGUGCACUGAUUAAUGAGUAUUGUUGUGUACAUUGAUGAAUACAAAUUAAUCUUUG